GCCCCGGAGAAGGGAGCCGGAGGGGUCCGCACGGGGGACCCGGCCCGGAGAGGUGGGUGUGUCCGAAGCGGACCAGUGAGCGAGCGGAGAGCGGGGGCCGCCCCGCCUCGCCCCCGGGACUCGACUCCCCGCCCCCAACCCGGAAGCCCGCGGCGGCGCGCGCAGCCCGCGCCCCCGACACCGACCCAGCACCAUGGCCGCGACCGCGCCCCUGCGCGACUGCCAGGCUUGGAAGGAUGCCGGGCUCCCUCUCUCAACCCCAAGCAACGAGGCCUGCAGGCUGUUUGAUGCCACCCUGACCCAGUACGUAAAAUGGACCAAUGACCAGAGUCUUGGUGGCAUUGAGGGGUGCCUGUCAAAGCUCAGAGCAGCAGAUCCGAACUUCGCCCUGGGCCACGCCAUCGCUAAUGGCCUCAUUCUGAUUGGAACCGGAAGCUCCGUGAGGCUGGACAAAGAGCUGGACCUGGCCGUGAAGACGAUGGUGGAGAUUUCCAAAGCUCAGCCCCUGACACAGCGGGAACGGCUGCACGUGUCUGCAGUAGAGACCUUUGCCAAGGGGAACCUUCCAAAAGCCUGUGAGCUGUGGGAACAGAUUCUCCAGGACUACCCGACAGACAUGUUGGCCCUGAAAUUUUCCCACGAUGCCUAUUUUUACCUGGGCUACCAGGAACAGAUGAGAGAUUCUGUGGCUCGAAUUUAUCCCUUCUGGACACCCGACAUACCCCUUAGCAGCUACGUGAAAGGCAUGUAUUCUUUCGGACUGAUGGAAACCAACUUCUACGAUCGGGCAGAAAAGCUCGCCAAAGAGGCUUUAUCUGUGAACCCGACGGACGCGUGGUCGGUGCACACCAUCGCCCAUAUUCAUGAGAUGAAAGCAGAGGUCCAGGAUGGAUUGGAGUUCAUGCAGCGCUCAGAAACCCACUGGAAGGGCUCUGAUAUGCUUGCUUGUCAUAAUUAUUGGCACUGGGCUUUAUAUCUGAUUGAAAAGGGCGAAUACGAGGCCGCGUUGACCAUUUAUGAUGACCACAUCCUCCCAAGCCUGCAGGUCAGCGGGGCGAUGCUGGACGUGGUGGACAGCUGCUCCAUGCUCUUCCGGCUGCAGAUGGAAGGGGUGUCUGUGGGUGAGCGGUGGCAAGAUGUCCUGUCUGUGACCCGGAAGCACAGCCGAGACCACAUCCUGCUCUUCAACGAUGUGCACUUCCUGAUGGCGUCCCUGGGCGCCGGGGACUCCCGGACCACGCAAGAGCUGCUGACCACCCUACGUGACGCCAGCGAGUCCCCGGGAGAGAACUGGCAGCACCUCCUGGCCCGCGACGUGGGGCUGCCCUUGUGCCAGGCCCUGGUGGAGGCCCAGAGCGGGAACCCCGACGGCGCCGUGGAGCUGCUCCUGCCCAUCCGCUACCGGACUGUCCAGAUCGGAGGCAGCAACGCCCAGAGAGACGUCUUCAACCAGUUACUGAUUCACGCAGCCUUAAACUGCUCAUCCAGCACCCACAAGAACGUGGCCCGGAGCCUUCUGAUGGAGCGAGACGCCUUGAAGCCCAACUCCCCACUGACUGCGAGGCUCCUGCGCAGGGCGGCCGCCGUCCACCUCCUGCAGUGAGCCGGCCCGGCCUCCUGCCCCGCGGAGCCUCCCCGGCCGUCGGACCAGCUGCCGCACUGGCUUCGCAGCGUUACAAGUAGCUGGAGCCUGUCGAUUAGGCCCGUAAAGCGCGAAGCCCUGUAACCAGCAACGUUACAGGAAGAGGGGACAGAAAUCAAUUCUCAGCAUGAUUCUGAAUCUUCUAGUCCUCGUUAGGGCCAGGGUGCAGUUUUAAGCAGUCAGAGCACCGAGGUGGGGACCGCUGUUCCACUUGCCUUGCAAAUUGUAUUUUCCCAGGGGACCCUUAUACCUUCUGGUCGGUCAAGGGUCGGAAGGGUUGGUGCUGGGCUCAGCUGGGGGAGGGGAGUCUCCUACGCAGCCCCUGGGGGCACGCCUCCCCCCCAGCCUAGGCUGCCCCUGGGAUAAACCCCUUCAUUCUGUCUUCCUCCCUGUAUUCCAGGAAGGUUCUGUUGUCCCACCUUUGGGGUGAGGGUUACCAAUGGAGGGGGGGUGACUUGCCCAGGGUCACAGCUAGCGGAGGCCCUGCUGGCAUUCACCCCAGGCCCCUGUGCUUCCUGGGAGAGGGACCCCCACCUUGCUGCCCGGGGCCUCGGCCCUUCGGCUGUCUCUGCAGAGAUGUCCUCAAGCUUCUCCCUGGGCUUUGGUGGCGCUGGUUUGGGCUUGUUUUCUCUUUAUUCUAAGCUGCACUUCCUAAAGGGGCCUCAGGUACCUGGUUUCCUUUGUCAGCCAUGCUUUUUUUUUUUUUUUUUUUUGCAGUACACGGGCCUCUCACUGUUGUGGCCUCUCGCGUUGCGGAGCACAGGCUCCGGACGCGCAGGCUCAGCGGCCGUGGCUCACGGGCCCAGCCGCUCCGCGGCACGUGGGAUCUUCCCGGACCGGGGCACGAACCCGCGUCCCCUGCAUCAGCAGGCGGAUUCUCAACCACUGUGCCACCAGGGAAGCCCAUGUCAGCCAUGCUUUUAAUCAUAGAAAUGCACACUCACUGAGCUGGUGGUGUGCUUUCUGGGGUGUGAGGAUCGAGCUCAGAGGUUGCCUUGCUGUGGCAAAAACCAAAGCAUUGUGACGUGGCUUGAACAAGAUCUGAGCCAGUUUUAUAAAUGCUGCCUCGGUCUCCUUCCCCAUCAGUAACCUGGCCCUGACGGCCCCCACCGAGCACGCUGCAGGUCUCGGGAGAACGUGCCGACUCGGCCGUGCUGUGAGGGGCGAUCCCAGCCCAUAGAUGUUUCUCAGGUUCCUUCGGUGCAAACUGAAAUUAGCUAGAGACUCAGGGGGGCAGGUCUCCUGGGAGGCAGCAGACACCUGCAAAUCGACUAGACAAAUUCCUGGGAUUAAAAUAAAUUAAUUAAUCGGUUCCUUUGACUAACUGUUGCUGGGUGGGCAUCUUCUAUUUGUCAGGCCUGGACUGGGUCCUGGGGAGACAGGCUUCUCCUUGAACCUGGGUGUGGGGUUGGGCAGUGAGUCAACAACAGAGUAAUUACAAUGGGAUUUCAAGAGAGGGGCUGUUAAUCCCCAGGAGCUAGGGACACAACCCAAGGGAGAGCCUGCCUUCCCAUCCUGAGCUGUCCCCUCCUGCCAGUUCCCCUGACAGAGCCUGCCCACACCCCGUCUGCCCUCCCCGCUCCUGGUUCCAAGCAAGACACAACUUGACCAGGGAAGUAGGAACCCUGGUCCCUCCUCCAGGAAGGCCUCUGCUCUCCCACUGCAGGCUGGUGCCCCACAGCCCUUGCUAUUGCACCUUUCUCCCCAGCUGUGACCUCCUCAGAUCAGGGACAGCAUCUGUGUCCCCGCGUCACCCAGCACAGAGCCUGCACUGACUACCUGUCAGUGAAGCCAUGACUGGUGAACGAUCCCUUGAAUGAGUGCAUUAAAAAAUGAAGCAGAAUAUGCUGGGGAAAGGAAGAAAGGAAUCUACAGUGGGUAGGCCAUUGAUAGAAGAGAGGAGGAGGCCAAGAGAAGAGAAGGAUGAAGAUAUAGCAGCAACAACUUGUUAACAAUUGUGACUUCUGACAACCCUCGCCACGCAAGGAGG